GUCCUUGAAACUUCCUUCUUUUCAAUAAUUAGGGUCUGUCAAGGUACACAAAACGAGCAAUCCUAAUGACGUCAAGUGUAUUCACGCUAAAAUCAUUAUUUAAGGGAUAUACUUUAUUUCUCUUGAAUAGUUUUUACAUUAACAGCAUCACAUUAUUAAAGUAUUUGUUGUUUUAUUCCACAAAAAUCAUUUAUCAAUUUUUAGUGAUAGUUUUUUUCCGAGCUGCAUUACAAGAAGGUGUCACACGAUGGCGCCAAAGGGGCAAGUCGAAGAGGUGAUCAAUGGGCCAGAGAUGGUCGAUUGCAGCGAUGAGUCACUCUGUCAGAUAAAACAAAAUGUACAAACUAUGCCAUUCAGCUUAUGGGUGUUUAACAGAUUAUUAAGGCAGAACAAGAGGUAUGUUUACAGACGUACUCUUUGCAAAAAAUAGCAAGGUUUACCCAUUUUUGCGACCUAUGCUUUCUGACAUUGAUGAUAUUUUGAAGGAAAAAUCAUUUUCAUCAAAUCUUGGCAAAUUGAUCAAUGACUUCUUAGUCACUCUAGUUUGAUUUGCACAGUUUUUUCUUACAUCUUUAAAACCCACCUCACAUACAAAAAAAGUAAUUCUGAUGAGGCUCAAAAGAUGGCCAAAAGCAGGGGUAAAUAAGAGUCAGAGUUGGCUUCUCGCCACUGCUCCACUCUGCUCCGCUGAGCUCCGUGGCGUUGAUGCGCGUGGACAGUCGCUCAUCCGCCACGCUCCGCCCCUCCAUUGAGAGCGCAGUGAUGGCAGUGAUGCAAGGCAUGUCUGUGAGAAGCCCGCAACCCAUCCACACAGACUGGACCACUUUGGACUAUAGACAUUUCCAAGUCUCACUAUGCCUCCCUCCUCUCUGCAGCACCGUAUUGUUUGAGGACAUUUAGAGCACCGUCAAAUUGAUUUUUAUUGUAUACAUUUUUGUUUCAAAUGAGUGUAAAGAUUUUGCAUCCUAAAAACUCGUAGUUGUCCAUUCUUCCAGGUGUUUCUUCAGUCUCGCUUUACAUUCAUUUAUUUAUUGCAACCAAGUGGUUCUAACGAAACUAAUCUGUAGCUAUUUUUCUUUUCUUUUUUUUCUCCAUUUUUGUAUCUUUUUCUUAUAAUCUCUGAGCAUCUGCUGGAGGUACUACUUCGUCCUAAACCAUGGCUGAUCCCAACGCUGAAUGCAACAUCAAGGUGUUGUGUCGAUUUCGUCCCCUGAACCAGUCUGAAAUCCUUCGCGGAGAUAAGUUUAUUCCAGUAUUUCAAGGAGACGACACAGUCAUUGUCGGGGGAAAGGCGUAUGCAUUUGACCAGGUCUUCCCCGUCAAGGCCACACAGGAAGAUGUCUACAACUCCUGUGCCAAACAUAUUGUCAAAGAUGUUCUGGGUGGAUAUAAUGGAACCAUAUUCGCCUAUGGGCAGACCUCCUCGGGAAAAACACACACUAUGGAGGGGAACCUUCAUGAUCCCCAGGAAAUGGGAAUCAUACCCCGGAUUGCAGAGGAUAUUUUCGAGCAUAUAUUUGCCAUGGAUGAGAAUUUAGAAUUCCACAUAAAGGUCUCCUACUUUGAAAUCUACAUGGACAAAAUCCGAGACCUGCUGGAUGUCACAAAAAUCAACCUGUCAGUGCACGAAGACAAAUACAGAGUUCCUUAUGUGAAGGGAUGUACUGAACGCUUUGUCACAUGCCCGGAGGAAGUGAUGGAUGUGAUAGAUGAGGGAAAGGCCAACCGCCACGUUGCUGUCACCAACAUGAAUGAACACAGUUCCCGCAGUCACAGCAUCUUCCUGAUAAACAUCAAGCAGGAAAAUGUGGAGACGGAGCAGAAGCUAAUCGGGAAGCUGUAUCUGGUUGACCUCGCUGGCAGUGAGAAGGUCAGUAAAACAGGUGCAGAGGGAGCGGUACUGGAUGAGGCCAAGAACAUCAACAAGUCCCUGUCAGCUCUGGGGAACGUCAUCUCGGCCUUAGCUGAAGGAACGAAAUCCCACGUGCCGUACCGUGACAGCAAAAUGACUCGCAUUCUACAGGACUCGCUGGGCGGAAACUGCCGCACCACCAUGUUUAUCUGCUGCUCUCCCUCCAGCUACAAUGACACAGAGACCAAAUCCACCUUGAUGUUUGGCCAAAGAGCCAAGACCAUUAGAAAUACAGUCACAGUGAACCUGGAGCUCACAGCAGAGCAGUGGAAGAAGAAGUAUGAAAAGGAGAAGGAGAGGAGCAGGAUGAUGAAGGAGACUAUUCAGAAACUGGAGGCUGAGCUGAACCGCUGGAAGAAUGGUGAGAAUACUAUAGUGCUGGAAAAGCUUAGUGAAGAAGAACCCGAGGACACCCCCUUUAUGAUGGCGGAUCCAGAGGAGGCAUCUCUCGACGCCUGCAGCCCCUGCAGCGUCUGCAGCUCCUGCUCCAUCGCCUCCUCCAUAGUGGUCCACAUCUCCGAUGAGGAGCGGCAGAAGUACGAGGAGGAAAUUCGUAAACUGUACAAGCAGCUGGAUGAUAAGGAUGAUGAGAUCAACCACCAGAGCCAGAUGGUGGAGAAGCUGAAGGAGCAGAUGCUCGACCAGGAGGAGCUUUUAGCCUCAUCCAGGGGCGACAGCGAGAAGGUGCAGUACGAGCUCGGCAAGCUGCAGACGGAAAACGAGUCGGCCAAGGCAGAGGUGAAGGAGGUCCUCCAGGCCCUGGAGGAGCUGGCGUUAAACUAUGAUCAGAAGAGCCUGGAAGUUGAGGAGAAGAGCAUGCAGAACAAACUCCUGGCUGAGGAACUGGCAAAAAAGAUGGCUCAUCUCAUGGCUGUGGAGGCCGAGCUGUCUCAUAUCCAGGAAGUGAGUACUCAGCAAAGGAAACGCAUCGCAGAGAUCAUCAACAGACUAAUGAAGGACCUGCGAGAGUUCAGCACCAUUGUGGGAAACAAGGAAAUCAAGCUGCCCAUAGACAGAAGCGGAGCGAUCGAGGAAGAGUUCACCGUGGCUCGCCUCUUCAUCAGCAAGAUCAAAUCCGAGGUGAAGUCCAUGGUGAAGCGCUGCCGCCAUCUGGAGAACCUCCAAGUGGAGUGUCACCGCAAGAUGGAAGAGACGAGCAGGGAGCUUUCGGCAUGUCACCUGCUCAACUCACAGCACGAGGCAAAGAUCCGCCACAUUUCGGAGUACGUGGAGAACUUGGAGCUGAAGAAGAGACAGCUGGAGGACAGCUAUGAUUCUUUGACUGAGGAGCUGGCCAAGCUCCAGGCUCAAGACAGCUUGUCACAGGUGACCGGUGGAGAGAGUCGCACGCCUAACCUGAAUUUCUGCGAUAUACAGAGGGCUCUGGAGCAGCAGAUGGAAUCACACCGCGAUGCUCACAGCGAGCAGCUUGGUCGCCUUCGAGAUGAAAUCAAUGACAAGCAGAAGAUCAUCAAUGAUUUGACCGACUGUAAACAGAGGCAGCAGUUGGAAUUGGAGCAACUGCACAGCGACUGUGAACGCUUCAGAGUGCAGGACCAUGAAAAGAGCCGGCAGCUGGAGGAACUGACAUUUCUCAAUGAACGGCAUGAACAGUCAAAGCAGGACCUGAAAGGGCUGGAGGAAACUGUCGCUCGGGAGCUCUACACACUUCACAACCUCCGCAAGCUUUUUGUUCAAGACCUCACGACUCGGGUUAGAAAAAGUGCAGACAUGGAUGAAAGUGGAGGAUUUCUCACCCAGAAACAGAAGAUUUCGUUUCUUGAAAACAACCUGGAGCAGCUUACUAAAGUUCACAAGCAGUUGGUUCGGGACAAUGCAGAUCUUCGCUGUGAGCUUCCAAAACUGGAGAAGCGUCUCCGCUCUACAGCUGAGCGGGUUAAGGCGCUGGAGGGCGCACUGAAGGAGGCAAAGGAGGGGGCCAUAAAGGAUCGACAUCGUUACCAGCAAGAGGUGGAGCGAAUCAAGGACGUGAUGAGGACCCGCAAUCCCUUCCGCCGGCCCCACGCUGCACAGAUAGCCAAGCCGGUGCGUCCGGGCCACUACCCGGUCUGCUCGCCCAGCAACCCCUUCUUCAUCCGAGGCUACAGCGAACACCCCAUCGCCUUCUGCAAUGCAGUCUUUUACAACAAGAACAACCAGCUGGGCUCUGCCGCUCCAGCGAGGCCUGCUGCUGAGGUCCGGUUAGAAGAAACUAGCUCCAACCAGAACCCCCCAGAAGAACUCUUGGACUCCCAAAACAUUGAAGAUCACGACACUCAGAACAAUAAGGUUCCAGCUGGGCCAGCAACCCAGGCAGACAACACAUCAGAGAUGCUGGAUUCAGAAAACGGAAACACCACAGAUAUCAAUGACAACAGAACCGACGUCUGUAACAGCCAAGACCCGGUCCAACUGUACAACCUGAAGCCCGAGGCCUCUGCCAGCUAAUAAGUCCGAACAGGCUGCUGAAUUUGUCUCCUCUGUAAAUCUGCAUGCAGCUCAUCACUGUCCUUCCAAACUCUUCCUCCUCUUACAUCGUCUCCUCCUGUGAACUCUUCUUCUCCUCGUUUUUUUUUCUUUCCAAGCCUAUGCUUGCUCCUAAGUGGGUGAGAGUGUGGCAGGCCUCGCGUCUCAGCUGCAGGACCUGGCAGCCUCCAUCUGCCGCUGCACCCCUGCACCAGUGACUUCAACGACAACGUGACCAGAAACCCACAGAGGAGCGACAACAGGUGCAGCGCAGACAGUGAACCACUAGAAUGUGCUGUUUGACACUGGGGAAGGGGGUAAAAAUCUAUCAGAAAUUCCCUUAUCUUCUUCAUUUUUUACUCCACAUUAUUUUUUUUAUGUUGGUCUACAAGAUUAUUUAAGGAAUUGUCCCCAAAGAAGUGAAAUAUUCUUUAGAUGCAAAAUUCCAGUUAAGAAAAUUAUGUUUUUUUGUAAAUCAGGUGCUAAAGAAAAAGAAAAUAAAUUGGGGAUUUAAAAAAAAGACUUUUUGAGAAUUAAAGUUUCCCCUCACUUUAUUUUUCCUGGUGUCUUACUAUUAAUUGAAAGGUUUUUAAAUUUAAAAAUAAAUGUAUUAAAUAAUCACAUUUACAUCAUUGACUUUCAUAGUUCAAAAAUAUAAACACCUGACAGAAAACAUUAAAACGUAAAAGUAUUACAUGGCUUGUUCUGACAACUAAGUGUUACUCAGUUAUGUUUAUUUUACUUCUUUCUUUUUUUUAACAAUUUUAUUUGAUCUAACUGAUCAACGUUGUUUUGAAGUUAAGAAAUAAUCUAAUCAUUUAAUCCACUUUUAAUAUUUCCAAUUUGAGGAUUAUUCUAAAAAAAAUGAAUUGGUGUCUAUUUAAGCCCCUCCCUCUCCAAUACCACCUUAUUCUGAUUGGCUGAGACCGGCUGUUCUGUCAAAGUAAAGCUUCAACGCUAUUGUGUUCAUUUUUCUGGAGUUUGUGCUCAAAAAACUCAUUUUUUUUUUAACAAAGAUGUUACUUUUAGACACUACAAAAAUGUGUUUACUCUACUUUACAUUAAUGCUCCUUCUUUCAUCAAAUAUAGAAGAAAAAUAAAGAAAUUUGUUGUUUAUUCUUAUUUUUAUCAAACUCCAUUCCAAAGAUUUUAUUUUCUUGUGUGAUUUAAUAAAAGAUGAUUUUGUGAAGCAUUAUUUGAAACAGUUCAUAGGCCUCAAAACACUUAUCACCUCAUUUGACCACAACUUUGCUCCUCUGUCCAGUUUUGACAAACAUGGACUCCAUCUAAAGGAUUCAUUCAGAUUUUUCUUGGUUGAGAACACUCACCGCAGCUUAUUGAUGCAACCACUUCUUUAAAAUUAAUCUGGAAAUGAUUUUUUUUUUAUUUUAAAUAUAAAAACCAAAACAAUUGAAUGUUUUUUUUCAGUUUUAAUGUCGUUAAUGAAAAAUAGUUGCUGGCUUUUUGUCAUCUGUGACAAACUCCCUGUCAGAAACUUUAUGUAAAUCAUUGAAAUGUUGUCCUGUCAUGCAUGGUUGAGGGGGAAAUGUGUAGCAGCUAUUUUUAUACUCCUAGAUUUAUUUAAAAAGAAAUAUAAUAUAUACUAAUAUAUUUAUUAUUUAUUUGAAAAGAUUCUCAAAAGAUAAUUAUUUAUUUUUAGUUUACAACAGUUGGAUGUGAUCCUUUUGUGUUUUUUUUUGUGAACAGAAUUGAUCAGCUUUCUGCAUGCAUGUGAACAGCACCUGGUACUUUACUGAACAACCUCAGAAGGAAACCUGAAGAAAAAGAAUCCUUUUCUAUGGUAAUCUACAGCACAUGACUGCAGGGUUAUUGCAGGUUAUCAGACGCUGAUGCAGUUCAGCCGGUUUGACUGAUACACGCUCACAGAGAUUGCAUCUGAUCGGCCUGUGAUAUUUUGACCUUUGAAAACCAGAUGAGUUGUAAAACCUCCAGUUGGAGAUAUCUUUGCAGAUAAGUGGAUAAUCUCGUUGUCUCUGAUCAUCAGUGACUAAGUGCCACCCACCAUGCUCUCUCUGUUGACCUCCUGAUCAAACAGUCAGGAUGAGGGAGUUAAUGGUGACAGUGACUGAGAUGUACGGAGGUUUUCAGUCUCUACCAGGGAGUUUUCAGUCCGAUUUGGCUUAAGUGGGACCUGUUUAAAAACUGGCUGUCAGUUAAAUGACUGAAGGAUUUUUUUAAAAAAGUGUUUUUAGUGGUUCUACCAUGUUCUUUGAGGGGCCUCUGGUCAAUUUUGCAACUUUAGGAAACCCUUUCAGAAAUGACAUUUAAAACAUUUUUCAGAACUAUCAGGUUUUAAUCUAUUAAAUGUGAAUAAACUGCAACUGUCUAGCAGUUUAGUGUGCAAGAAGAGCUUCAAAUAGGGCAGAGAUUGUUAAUUAUUUUAUUUCUUUCAAGUCAAUUUUAACAAGUGUUCAAAUUUGUGUAACUACAGCCGUUUACCUCUGGAGAAAAGCUGGCAAAAUGCUGCUUAAUAAUUUUCAUGCACCCUUUUUUUCUCUAUGGCCAGAUUCUCUUGCAUUUUUCUGAUGAUAGAGAACAUAUAUAGAGAAAAUUUAACUUAAUGUUGCAUUUCAGAAUAUUUCUUUGUUCAAAUCGUUGUAAAUCAGGAGCAAAAAGUGUUUUAAAAAAGCGUAUUUGUGACACACUGUAAAAAGUGAAACGUUGGAUCAAUUAACACAAAUGUUGUAAUUUGUUACAUUUAAAAAUAUUAGUUUUUGUCAAAUUAAAUGUUUAACAUGAGUAAACUAUCAACUGAGAAUCAGAAUUUGAUAAAAAAAAAUUAAUCAUUUUAAAUGAAACAAAUUACAGAGAUUUUGAUAAUUCAACCAAUUUUUCACUUUUUACAGUGCAGAAAGUACGCUGGGGAGGCCACAAGCUCCAUGCUCCUCUCCAUUCUGAUGAAUUCAAAUGCAGAUCAAUAGAUCUUUAUUUUCCUUGUCUGAGCUGGAAUCUGGCUCAGAACUGUUUGGCUGAAUAGCUCCAGUGUUGCUCAUCAUUUUUGUUACCUCACUAAUGUUAGGCUGGGGUUGUGAGAGGCUGUAAGCUAGUGGGAGAGAGUGUAAACCGAUGGAUGAUGGGAAGUGGGGGCGGGCUCCUCUGUGGCAACAGUUCUGUCCACACCUCAGAAGUGAAUUUCUGAUGAACUACUGCAGAAACCAUGUCUUGGCAGUCUUUAAGUUUCUAUAAUACUUUAAAUAGAAUACACUUACAUCCUCAAUGAAAUCGUUUAGUUAACAUAAAGUAUGCACAGUUAGUCUUUCAACGUUCUGUUUUAUGGCAGAGCGACAAGUCAUUAAACAUCUCAUGUUCCUGAGGAAAAAGUUAGCAAAACUGAGCAGGACGAUUCUGCUCCCUCUUCAUCUCCCUUCCCUCUGAGUUUGUAACACAAUAUUUAUUUAGUCUUAAGUUCUCUGGGAGGUCAGAACGGGCAUUAAACUUCAAACUGGCUGUUUGCAUAACCUGCAGAAACCAUGCGUCGACUGUGAAAGGUUAACAUGCUAUCAGCCAAGGGAAACAGAUUUUCUCCUGAUAUGUACUCUGGUAGCACAUUGAGAUUUAUUUAUUUAUUUAUUUAUUUACCGAAUACAUUUUUUUUCUCCCCCUUUGUUAUUCUAAUUGUAAUGUAAACCACUUUCACUGUGUCCUGAGUAGCAGAAAUAAAACUACAUGAACGGUGGAGUGGUUUAAAACAAAAAAAGAUGGAAACAAAAAUGUCUGUACAAUUGUGUGUUUUCUGGCUUGUGUGUGGAGUGUGAUUUAGUGCAUGGAGUAUUCUCUUUUUUGUAGCUGCUGGGAGGCGGCUUUGUUACCUGAUGAAACUCAUGUCAAUAAACCUCAUACUGUGUCUGUUGCC